AGUACAUGAGGUACAUCGGGUUCACGACCGUUACCGUUUACAUAUUACUAUCAUUGAUGUCUCUCCCAGUGUUGUUGCUACGUAGCAAAAAUAGAAGCCACCUGUGUAACGAGAGAUAAAAAAUUCAUUCAUAGCCUCAUAUGCCAGCUGACGUCACGGUGCAAUUUCAUAUCAUGAUAUCUUUCGAAACUCCCGGCGGGCAAACCCGGUCCCGUCUCCGUCUCUCUAUCGUCUCUAUCCCUUUCGUCGAAUCAUCUGACAUUUUACCUUACACUAUCAUUGUUCCAUUCAAUGCUUAACUUCAAUGUUUACAAGAUCAUCCUACGCAGCUAUCCGUCUCACUGUUAUCCGUCUCGGACGUCUGCAAGUAUUACUCACUAUCUAGUCUCUAGAUACCAGUGACAUACUCACCACUUUUCAACAGAAAGGAAGCUGUCAACGCUGUAGUCAUCACCACUCCUUUACCAAAAUGCCCCCCGAGAACCGCGCCGCGUACCUCGUCAGCACGAGAGCGAAACCGCUCGUCGUCAAGCCUGCUCCGUACACGCCCCCCGGCCCCGACGAAAUCGUCGUCAAGAACGGCGCCAUCGCCGUCAACCCCGUCGACUACGGCAAGCAGCUCGGCGGCGACCACAUGUUCACCUGGAUCAAGUACCCCUUUGUGCUCGGCAGCGACGUGGCGGGCGAGGUCGUCGAGGUCGGCGUCGGUGGCAAAGCUGCGCAGCUGUUCAAGCCGGGUGAUCGUGUCGUGGGCCACGCCGUCGGCAUGGACAAGCGCUCCGCGAAGGCUUCGGAGGGCGCCUUCCAGCUGUACUCGGUCCUGAGAAGCCACCUCGCGAGCAAAAUUCCCGACGACUUGUCGGAUGAAAAGGCGUGCGUGUUACCGAUGGGUAUAUCCACCGCCGCCUCCGCCCUCUUCAUCAAGGACAACGUCGGCCUGCAGCACCCGACAUCGAGCUCACCUCCGCCUGACGGUGUCGUCAUCGUGUGGGGCGGCUCAACCAGCGUCGGCUCCAACGCGAUCCAGCUCGCCAAAGCCGCGGGCUACGAAGUCUUCGCCACGGCCUCGCCCAAGAACUUCCAGUACGUCAAGGAUCUGGGCGCGUCGCAGGCGUACGACUACCGCGACCCGCAGACGCCUUCUACCAUCAUCGCGCAGCUGAAGGGACGGACGUGCGCGGGCGCGAUCGCGAUCGGCAACGGGUCCCUGGAAGCGUGCAUCGACAUCGUGGCCGCGGUGCCGGGCCGCAAGUUCGUCGCGCAGGCGUCGGUGCCGCUCGACGCGGCGAAGCUGCCGUCGAGUGUCCUUGGCGUCGCGGGCGUCAUGCUGGGGUACGUGAAGUGGAACGUGGCGGUUGCGAUGCGAGCGAGGUUCAAGGGCGUGGGCACGAAGUUCAUCUGGGGCACGGAUCUCAUGUCGAAUGAGGUGGGCGCGAUGAUCUACAAUGACUUCUUGCCGAAGGCGCUGGCGAGGGGGGAGUACCAGGCCAAGCCGGACCCGCAGGUCGUGGGGAAGGGGCUGGAGCAUGUGCAGGAUGCGUUGGAUACGAAUAUGAGGGGGGUGUCGGCUGCGAAGGUUGUUGUGACUCUUUAAUAAUGUACCUAGGUACAAAGAGAGCAGUAUUUACGCAUAGGUGUACGGAAAGUGCCAGAUAGUAACUUGUACCAAAAUAUAAUUCUAGAUCAUAGUCUGAACA